AUGGAGAGUAUAUUAGAACAGCAACGUAAGGCUCACGAAGAAAUCGAACGUUUGGAGCAAGCUAUUGUUGGUCAAUUUAUUAACGAUCCUAAAUCGCACAAGGAAAGAUUAAUUCGCGAACAUAGAGCUAGCGAUUUCCUCGACCGAAUUAGUUCGAGAAGUAAAUUUUUAUAUGAACUUUAUGAUGAUGCUGAUGGUGCGCGUAAAGCAGAAAUCGAUGCGUUAUCUGGAACUUCCGAAUUUAGUGAAUUUUACGGACGUUUAAAAGCAAUUAAAGAUUAUCAUCGUCGAUAUCCUAAUGAAACCGAUGAUGAACUGGACAAACUUUUUUCGGGUGAGGAAGGAUGCGGACGAUUCCUGGAUCUGCACGCUCUUCAUGAGCAAUAUGUAAACCUGAAGAACGUGAGGAAGCUUGAUUAUUUAACUUAUUUGAGUGAAUUUGAUAAUUUCUCCGAUUACCCAAAGGAGAAUAAGCAUGGGGAAUAUCUCAAUUAUUUGCAGAGUCUGCGUGAUUAUUUAGAGAGCUUUUUCAAAAGGGUUAAGCCGCUCUCCAACUUGGAUGACAUUAAAAAGGAAACCGAAACCGAUUUUAAUCAAAAAUGGAAAAAUGGGACAUUUCCAGGGUGGGAAAGGCAAAUUGGUGAUGAAAUUUCAAGUAGCCUGUUCUGCGUGGCAUGUCGAAAGGGAUACACAAAGAGAACUGUGUUUGAUGCUCAUUUAAAAAGCAAAAAACACAUGAAGGCUGCCAACUCAAUGAUGGAAAAAGGUGUUACUAAUGUGGAUCAAGAAACUCAAGAUCAAUUGAUAAGGGAAGCCGAAGAUGCCAAAGAUAAACGAGAAAAAGAAAUUGCAUUUAUGGAAGCUUUGAUACAGAAAUAUGCAGAAAUACUGGGCUCUCAACGCGAAGAUACUAAGGCAAACGUUGAAAGGAAACGAGCUUUGACUGAUAGAGAGCGUAGAAUGGAAUUAGAAACAGAAGAAAUAGACGAUGUAGAAUCUGAGUCUGAAGACGAAGAUAAAAUUUAUAAUCCCCUAAAACUGCCACUCGGAUGGGAUGGAAAACCAAUCCCGUAUUGGCUUUAUAAGCUUCAUGGCCUUGGAGUUGAAUAUCCUUGCGAAAUAUGUGGUAAUUAUGUGUACAUGGGUAGGAAGGCAUUCGAUCGGCAUUUUCAGGAAUGGAGACAUGCACACGGAAUGCGAUGCUUGGGUAUUCCAAAUACGCGACAUUUUCAUGAAAUCACAUUAAUAGAAGAUGCAUAUGCCUUGUGGGAGAAACUCAAAAAUUCAGGAAAAACCGACGAAUUUAAACCUGAUACAAUGGAGGAGUUUGAAGAUCAAGAGGGAAAUGUUUUUAACAAAAAGACGUAUGAUGAUUUAAAAAGACAAGGAUUAUUAUGA